AUGGAAAACACAUACUAAAAUAUAACUCAAGCUACUUUGAAUGAAGUCUAAGAAGUUAGAGCAAAAAUAACUGAUUGGAAAGAAUUGAAAAAAGGAAAGCAUUUAGUUAUAUAUAACACUCAAUAUAAGGACUACUCUUUGAAGCUUACUAAGGUUAUUGGAACUAUUCCUACAAAUAUUCAAAAAGUAGCUACUUACUUUUUUAGUAAUAUUGAUGUUUAAAGAGCUAAUAGAUCAGAAAUGCUAACUCAGUUGAACGUUGUUGAGCAAAUUGAUGAAAAUUCGUAUAUUAUUUUAUCAAAAACCAAGUCUAAGAUGCUUGUAAGCUCAAGGGAAAAUAUCAACGUUGUACGUAAAAUUUAGCUAAGUGCUAAUGAAAUAGUAAUCGUAAGAUCAAAUGUUGACACUCAUCAUAAGGUUGUUAUUAGUAAAGACUCUGUAUAAUCAUAAACUAAAUUAUUUGGUUUAUUUUUGACAAAAGUUGACGAAAACAACACAAAAAUUGAAGUUUACAAUUUAGUUGAUCCUAAAGGUAGUAUUCCUUCAUCUAUCACCAAUGGAUUUGCUGAUAUGUAACUUAAUGCUUUAGAAAAAGAUAUUGAAGCAUUAUUGAAGCUUUGA